AUGAGUCUUCUUCUUCUUCCUCAGCAUCGCUCCUUCUUCAAUUCUCUCUUACAGUAUACCAAUCUAAAAGAUUUACAGAAGGGGAAGGCCAUUCACGCUCAACUCCUCAGAACCGGUUCCUUCUCCUCAGUUUACCUCGCCAAUAGCCUCGUUAAUUUGUACGCCAAGUGCGGAAGCCUUGUGAAGGCCAAGCUCAUCUUCGAGAGUAUAACCAACAAAGACGUGGUUUCAUGGAAUUGCCUCAUCAAUGGCUACUCUCAACAGGGUCCCGCGGGAUCUCCGUUGGUAAUGGAGAUUUUUCAGAGAAUGAGGGCGGAGAACACUCUGCCCAAUGCCCACACUUUUGCCGGUGUUUUCACCGCUGCUUCAAGUUCGCCCGAAACUUCGGGUGGCCUUCAGGCCCAUGCGCUUGCGAUCAAGACUUCUAGCUUUUAUGAUGUUUUUGUUGGCAGUUCGCUUCUCAAUAUGUACUGCAAAAUUGGGUGUCUGCUGGAUGCUCGUAAGGUGUUCGACAGAAUUCCGGAGAGAAAUUCUGUUUCUUGGGCUACUAUGAUUUCGGGGUAUGCGAUGCAAAGGAAGGCUCUCGAGGCUUGGGGGCUGUUCUUAUUGAUGUGUCGUGAAGAGGGAAUUCAUAAUGAGUUUAUCUAUACCAGUGUACUUAGUGCACUGACGGUUCCUGAGCUUGUUGACCAUGGUAAGCAAAUUCACUGUCUUGCCCUUAAAAAUGGGUUGUUAUCAGUUGUUUCUGUAGGGAAUGCUCUUGUUACGAUGUAUGCUAAAUGUAGGUGUUUAGAUGAUGCGCUUAAGACAUUUGAAUUUACUGGUGAUAAGAACUCUAUUACAUGGUCAGCUAUGAUAACUGGCUAUGCGCAGGCUGGGGACUCGCAUGAGGCUUUAAAGUUGUUUUCAUAUAUGCAUUUUAAUGGGAAUAAGCCUAGUGAGUUUACUUUUGUUGGGGUGAUCAAUGCUUGUAGUGACAUAGGUGCUCUGGGGGAAGGAAAACAAAUGCAUGGAUAUUCCCUGAAGAUGGGAUAUGAAUCCCAGAUUUUCAUAAUGACAGCUUUGGUUGAUAUGUAUGCAAAAUGUGGAAGCCUAGUUGAUGCACGAAAGGGAUUUGAUUAUUUAAAAGAACCUGAUAUUGUUUUGUGGACUUCCAUGAUUGGAGGGUAUGUUCAAAAUGGUGAAAACGAAACUGCUUUGAAUCUGUAUUGUAGAAUGCAGAUGGAAGGGAUCUUGCCCAAUGAGCUAACUAUGGCUAGUGUCUUGAGAGCAUGUUCAAGCCUUGCUGCUUUGGAACAGGGCAAGCAAAUCCAUGCCCGUACAAUCAAGUAUGGAUUCAAUCUUGAAGUUCCAAUAGGGAGUGCUCUUUCAACUAUGUAUGCAAAGUGUGGUAGUUUGGAAGAUGGGAACCUUGUCUUUAGGAGGAUGCCUACACGAGAUAUUGUGUCAUGGAAUGCAAUGAUAUCUGGCCUUUCUCAAAACGGAGAGGGACGUAAAGCUCUUGAACUCUUCGAAGAGAUGCGGCAAGGCACCACGAAACCCGACUAUGUUACUUUUGUGAACAUUCUUUCUGCUUGCAGCCACAUGGGAUUGGUGGAAAGAGGUAAGGUCUAUUUCAAGAUGAUGCUUGAUGAGUUUGGCAUUAUUCCAAGAGUCGAGCAUUAUGCUUGCAUGGUAGAUAUUCUGAGCCGUGCAGGGAAGCUACAGGAAGCCAAAGAAUUCAUAGAAUCUGCAACUAUUGAUCAUGGUAUGUAUUUAUGGCGUAUCUUAUUAGGAGCCUGUCGAAACUAUCGCGAUUACGAAUUGGGAGCAUAUGCAGGCGAGAAACUAAUGGAGUUGGGGUCAGAAGAAUCAUCUGCUUAUGUGUUAUUGUCUAGUAUUUAUGCAGCACUGGGAAGGUCUGAUGAUGUCGAACGGGUUAGAAGGGUGAUGAAACUUCGAGGGGUGAAUAAGGAUCCAGGUUGUAGUUGGAUUGAAUUGAAAAGUCAGGUUCAUGUGUUUGUUGUUGGCGACCAGAUUCAUCCACAGAUCGCAAAUAUACGUAGAGAGUUAAGAAGAUUGAGCAAGCAUAUGAAGGAUGAAGUUCACGAAUCGCCUGAAGAUAUAGAUUCUACGGCAUUAUACGUAUGACAUUACCGACUAAUUAUUGGGUAUAUCUGAUUCAAUCCAACCCAUCUUGUUCUCACUUACCUGAUCUGUUGCACCACUCACCGCAGUAAUAAUAGGAUCAUAUUAUUUUGGACUUCUCUUAUGGCUGAGAACCCUUCUAAUUGGGACUACAUGUAAAGUCUUUGAGGAAGAAGACUGACUACGUAUUUUCUGAUUUCAUGGACCUCACAUUCAUAUUACAGCCAUGCGCAUACUGAGCUACUACCUCGCUAGUCGCUGCUGAGCCAUUCAUACUACAGCCAUCAAUAUCUGAAAGCAAGAGGGUGUUAAAUUCCUAUAUCUUGCAUGGAGUCAAUUUUGUAGAAAUUGAGAGAGUAUAAA